AUGCUCCGCUUCACGCACCGUGCCCUCGCCCGCAAGGCCGCAGUCAAGGCUGGCAGCAGGACCUCAGCUGCUGCGGGUGCCACAGCUGCCCUCCACGCGGCGCCGGCUGCCCCUCAGAAUGCGGUGAGCAUUCCGCCGAUUCCGGGCGUGCGCAGCGUCCGCGCGUUCCGCACCCAGAAGAUGGAAGCAUUGCAGCCGCAGCCCGCCGCCGCUACUGCAGGUAGGAAGGCCUUCGCCGCCAAAGGGUCGAAGCACGUCAAGGCAGCUUUGAAGUCGCGCCCAUCGAAGAAAGUCAAGCUGCCGAAAAAGGCCGCCGCGCCAUCGAGGGCGCAGCAGGCGCAGCAGGUGAAGCACGCGAAGCAGCUCAAGGCGCCAAAGAGCGCCGCCAAGGAGAUCUCCAAGAAGGCCAAGACAGCCAAAGCGCGCAAGUAA